AUGAGAAAAGCGCAGAACGCUUCCAUUCUCAUACUAGUUUUAUUAAAUAUUUUAUAUGUGAAAUUUAUAACAGCCGAUUUACCUAUUCAUGUAGAAAUAAGGCAUUUGAUUGGAAAAUGGAAAAUUUUAAGAACAAAAAUGUCUCCUACUAUAUCUACUUGUGGUUCAAAUCAACCCAAUAGUAAUGUAGAUAAUGUAAAAAUAAAAGAUUAUAAAAAACAUUUAAUUGAUAUGAAUUAUGAAUUUGUUUCGGAAUUAAAUGUAAUAUUAUCCGAUCAUUUUGUCUUAUAUGGUGAUAUUUAUGACACAACAAAUAAUGAGCAUAGAAAAAAUUGGAAAGUUUUGGUAGUAUAUGAUGAAGAUAAUAGAGUUAUUGGUACGUGGACAACAAUAUAUGAUGAGGGAUUUGAAAUUAGAAUAGAUAAUGAAACAUAUACAGCAUUAAUGCAUUAUGAACCAAAUGGAAAUUGUGACCAAAUUACUAACAAUGACACAUUGGACUCUAAUGGUGAAACAAACUGUUAUGUUACUAAUUAUAAUAAAAUACGAUUUGGAUGGUUAGAUAUGUCACAUGAAAAUAAUCAGCAAUAUUUUGCAUGUUUCUAUGCUGAAAAAGUUUUUUAUAAUAGUGAAGAUUUAAAUAGUUACAAUUCAGAAAAUCCUUAUGUGAAUAUUUCUAAAGAUAACUUAGAAAAAUAUAAUAAUUUUCUGGAGAAUGAUUAUGAACAUAAUGAAAUAUAUUCACAUAGUUUUAUAUUUAAUAAUGAAAAUAACUUAAGAAAAGAAGAUGAUGAUCAUGAUGAAGAGAGAAAAAAUCAUCAAAUUUCAACAUUUUCUAAAAAAAAAAUAGAAAAUUAUAAUGAAAAUACUGAGUUAAAUUGGCAUAGGGAUAAGCAUCAUGGGAAAAAAAAGAAAAUAAAUAAAAAUUUGAGUGCUCAUUUAAAACAAAAAUAUGCAUGUCCUUGUAGCUCACACGAACAAAUACAAAAUAAAAAGAAUAAGGGAAAGUCCUUUAGUGUUGUCUCUCACUCUCUUAUAGAGUUAAAUUAUAAAGGAGAUGCAUAUUCUAGUAAUAUGUUAGAAACAAGAGAAGCAAAUAAUGAACUUGAUUUAAAAAAUUAUGAAAAUAUAAUAGACGUUCCAAAAAGAGAGUUAGAAAUAGAUGAAUUACCUUCUGCAUUUACAUGGGGAGAUCCUUAUAAUAAUAAUACAAGAGAAUAUGAUGUUUUAAAUCAAUUAAAAUGCGGUUCUUGUUAUAUUGCUUCUCUAUUAUACGUUUUUAAAAGACGAAUUGAAAUAAGUUUAACAAAACAAUUCGAGAAAGAGUAUUUGAAUAACUUUGAUGAUAAUUUAUCAAUACAAUCAGUUUUAUCAUGUUCUUUUUAUGAUCAGGGUUGCCAUGGUGGAUAUCCUUUUUUAGUUUCCAAGCUUGCCAAAUUACAAGGAAUUCCUCUUGAUAAAUUUUUACCUUAUACAGCUAAAGAUGAAACUUGUCCAUAUAAGGUAAAUAAAAAUUCCAAUGAUUUAAAUAAAAUCAAUAAUGGAUCAGGAAAACUUAGAGAAAUAAAAGCGUUAUUUAAUGAAAAUAGGCAUAGCUACACAGAUGAAGCAUAUGAUGACGAUUCCAUAAAUUCAGAUUCUAACAAAUGGUAUGCAAAAGAUUAUAAUUAUAUUGGUGGUUGCUAUGGGUGUAAUCAAUGUGAUGGAGAAAAAAUUAUGAUGAAUGAAAUAUAUAAAAAUGGUCCAAUUGUAGCAUCUUUUGAAGCAACACCCGAUUUUUAUAAUUAUGAAGAUGGAGUAUAUUAUGUAAAUGAGUAUCCUCAUGCAAAAAGAUGUUCAGUAGAUACAAAUAGUCUUAAUGUUUUUAAUAUAACUGGAUGGGAGAAGGUUAAUCAUGCUAUUGUUAUUGUUGGGUGGGGAGAAGAAAUUAUAGAUGGGAAAAAAUAUAAAUAUUGGACUGCUAGAAAUAGUUGGGGUAAAAAUUGGGGUAAAAAUGGUUACUUUAAAAUUAUACGAGGAAUUAAUUUUAAUGGUAUUGAAAGCCAGACAAUUUAUAUUGAACCUGAUUUUACAAGAGGUGCUGGCGCAGUAAUUUUGGAUAAAAUGAAAAAAGAAUUAAAGAAUUAA